ACGUGCAUGUGGACCGUGUGGGGCAACCUUUCAUCUGUGUUCUCUCCCCCGGCGUUGCUGUGGCCCAGUUUGUGCAGACCAGAAAGGCGUCUCUGCUUGGACUUGUGUGUGACUGUGGAGUUGUUAGAGCGGGAAGAGUUUUAUAUUGAGAGUAAUUUCUGGAGCUACUUCACUAGCUGCGUGGCCUAUUAUUUGUUGUCUGGCAGUCGAUUGAUCCACCUGUGACUGUGUGUCCAAACCCAUGGCUGAUUCUGUCGCUGAUGAAAAUCGCCCGCCUGAUGGGGGUGAUGAAGGAGAUGGGCAAGGGAUGUCGGCUCAUCGUCUUGCCACGCAACAGGAGUCUACUGAGGGUGCUGAAGGUAAGGGCAAGGGCGGUGAAAAACAGAAGCCAUCUGAGAAGCUCGGCCAUCGGCGCGUCAAGGGCGAUGUGAUCACGUACAAGAAGACGCCGACGAACACUCUCAUGCUGUCCAUUCAACUGGGCCUUGAACAGUCGAUUGGGAAGAUCACCAACAAGCCCAAGCGCGAUCUGCUCGUGGUGCACUGCAGCGAGAAAGAAGAAGUCGAGUUUGCACCUGAUGGUAGCGGACAGACACCUGCCCACGACUAUGGCUCAUUCAAGUUCAAGACGUAUGCGCCACUAGCGUUUCGGCACUUCCGUGAAGAAUUCCACAUCAAGGCCGAUGACUUUCUGGUAUCGUUAUGUAACGAACAGCUGAUUGAACUGAGCAACCCCGGUGCCAGUGGCUCUGUGUUCUAUAAGACGAACGAUGACGAGUUCAUCAUCAAGACGGUCGAUCACAAGGAGGCAACGUUUCUGCGCCAUCUACUACCUGGCUAUUACCUGAAUCUAGUCCAGAACAAGCGGACGCUACUGCCAAAGUUCUACGGUUUAUAUACCUUCCAGAACUUGGGCGGAAACAUUCGCAUCGUCGUCAUGAAUAACCUGCUACCCUCUGGUAUCAAUUAUCAUGAAAAAUAUGAUCUGAAGGGUUCAACGUUCAAGCGGUUUGCGUCAGACAAAGAGCUUGCGAAGAAGAGUCCUACUCUGAAGGACUUGGACUUCCGCAAGCGCCACCCGGAAGGUUUCUUUCUCUCUUCGGACAAGUACACUUCCGUGAUGGAGUCAAUGAAGAGAGAUGCCACGGUGCUGGAGAGCUUCAAGAUCAUGGAUUACAGUUUGCUCAUGGGCGUGCACAAUAUCGAUGAAGAGCUGCGUUCCAGAGGUGAAGCGACGAGUCAAGACUUGGCUUCUCCUGACCACACGCUCUCCGAUCGUCCUGGCAGUUUUGGCGAGGGAUCUGCGCCAACAAGACGGCAGUUCUUCAGCGUUGUCCAGGAGAGAGGGCAUGAGGAGGUCGAGGCACUGCCUUAUCGGAUACCUGAUGGUGGGAUCUCGGCGCGGAACGCGAAAGGAGAUCGACUGGUUAUUUACAUUGGCAUCAUUGAUAUUUUACAACACUACAGAUUCCGCAAAAAGCUCGAACACUCGUUCAAGUCCGUUCUGCACGAUGGGGACACUGUGUCGGUACACAAGCCCGGCUUCUAUGCACAGCGCUUCACUGAGUUCUUCUCCAAGCAGGUCUUCCACGCUAAGGCAAUGGUCAAGAGAAAAGUAUCGUCGCUGAAGCGCCCACGCCAGCCUAGUGCACCGGUAUCUCCGUCCACGUCGAGUGAGGCGGCCAUCCCCGAGGGACCGAGAUACUCCCUGCCCAGCGCGGCGGCCGUUGUGGCAUCUUCGGAGCCUGACCUACCGUCAUCCACUGCUGCUUCAGCCCAGGCCGGCCAUGAGACAGUUGUGGAGGAAGAAGCAGCAGCGGCAACAGCAGUGGCCGGUGCUAAUGCAGAUGCGAAGGCACCAGUGUUUGCGGCGGCUGCUGAGCAAGAGCCGGUUGCUGAUGCGGCUGUGGUAGCAGAUACGAUCGCUGAUGAAGAGCAGUCUGCUGCAGUUGUAGACACCGUUGAAGGUUCGAAUACUGCUGCUGCCGAUGCUGCUGUUGAGUCAGCUACUGACGAGCAACCUGCUAAUGCAAGUGCUGAGCAAGCUGCUGAAGUACCAGCCACGCCGAUUGAGCAGACUGCGGUGGUGGAGGCAGGGGAGCAGAGCAGUGGAAGUGACAGUACGCCCACCACUGCUGCUGCGGCUGACCCUGAAACAGAGGGCACUAGCACAGCAGCAACAGCAGAAGAACCCGCUGCUGCGGAUAGUAAAGCUGCAGGUGAGCCGACGGUUACCACAGGCCAACCAGUAGAGAACGGAGAUAUGGUCUGAUCACGCUGGAGCCACGUCGUCAGCUGGAUGUUCAGGCCAACAGGUGGUGUAGUGAUCGUAUCACCUCAUCAGCCUGUUGCACAAGCUGGUGGCGUCAGGAUUGUCAUCUCGACGCACUGUUCUCUGGUAAGUUACCAACAUAUUCUCUGGCUGGUUGCUUGACGAGCGUGGAUCUUGGACUCUAGGAUGUUUCUUUCUCUUAUUUUCAUUUCUUCUGCAAUUGAAUGAUUGUGUUCAUCGUUCUCGUAGACACAUUCUGUGUAGCCUUGUCCACUUCUUGUCACAGGCCCUUCUGCGGCAACUUUGUUGCUUCUCUCUUUCAUUUUAGCCGGUCGUGUCUGUCACUCUUUCUGUUGGUUUGCUGCGUUUGCGGCAGCAUCCCCCCCCCCCCCCCGACCCACCAGUCCACCGCUGUGUAGAGUAACUCCCAACUCCCCGUGCGGUGUGUGUUGUGCAUGUGUGCGUUCCCCGUUGUUUAUAUUUAUUCCUCUUUGUCUACUGGUACUGUGCUGUUGUUAAACACGCACACGCACACAGUGCAAAGAUAGUAAUGGGUUGCUGUGCUAGGCAAAAUCAACCUGUCAGAAAUGCGACUAACCCACCAGACUUCAGCAUGAGAAACAAAAAAUUGCCGUCUCCUUCAUUCCAGUAUUGCACCCGUUAGGCAAUCUGCGCUUGCGACACCAGUACUCGCCAUAAUAUGUGGGUACUACAGUAUCCUGCUGCGCUUUAUUUAGUAGUAUUAGUAGUAGUAUAGUUGACUUUUAUUGUGUACGUCUUUAAGAUCUAUGCCUCUCUCUCUCUCUCUCUCUCUCUCUCUCUCUCUCUCUCUCUCUCUCUCUCUCUCUCUCUCUCUCUCUCUCUCUCUCUCUCUCUCUCGUUUGUGAUAGGAACUAAACGUAUCUUGUGCUGUUUCAUUCAGGUGUGGCAGGAUAUUUUUUAUAUUUUUUUACCUGUGCUCCAUGCUGAUUUCUUUUUUAAACCUUUGCUUGCCUGUAUGACCAGCGAUCUGUCUGCGUCGGACCUCUCCUCUCGUUCUCUAUAUUCACAGAGAAUAAUAGUAUCUGCUGCGCCUGCGGUGGUUAGCAUGCAGCAGGCGCGUGUUUUACUCCGGAAGCGCCGGCCGCUUGCCUGCAAUUUCGUCUUUUGUUUAGCUGCUCUUUUUCAUUGUCUAUCCGUGCCUGCUGCUGUGAAGUAUUUCGGAUCUUGCCAACGGCAGCCGUGUAUCUCUCUUAGUUCUGUCUUCCUCUCCUUGCGGAACAUAUUUUGCCGUACUGCUCUAAAAUAUCAGUCCUCUGUUUCUCGCCUUGUG